CUAGAGCCUGAGGCUAGAGUCUGAAUAGGUAGGUAGUCUUCAGAGCGACAGCUCAAGAAAAGGAUGAGCAGCUCUUGCUUCUCUAUCAGGUGGAAGUUCUGCCCGUGAAUGCCACAAAAUAGCUGCAUUCAUUGAGCAGCUAUCAGCCGCCACAUUGACAUCGUGUGGGCUUUGCCAAAGCCAAAGUGUCUGAUAUCCGGGGCACUCGCGCAAUCAUGACUAGUUUCUUCAAAAGAGUCCUAGAUGCAUAUCGGAUCCUGACGGGCAAAGAUGAUGCCGUGCAGAAGGGCAUCAUGCAGCUGCAGAAAGAGAUUGCGCAGAGAGAAGCGCGCCGCGCUGUGCAGCAGGCGGCACUAGAAAAGCAGAUCUUGGAGGAGCUGCGGCAGAGUUCCGAGGCGCUGAAGACAAUCAAGGAUGGCUAUAUUGCACAGGAAGAGGAGAUUGCCAGGUUUGCAGCCGCGCUCGGUGAAAGUGCCCAGGCCCAAAUGGCUGCUCAAGCAGAGGCGGAGGCUCAAAUGUUCCUCGAAACCGCGCGACGCUCCGGGAUCCAACUCGAAGCCCCUCCCCCGUUUUCGGAGUUUGUCAAGCGGGCUAACCUCGGCCUUGCGAGCGGAGAGGCUGUGACCACCAUGCUGGGAGACAUGCGCCGGAGUCAGGGCUCGGAAGGGACGUAUGGGGAAGCAGGUCGAGCAGGGGUCGAGCAAGCGGGCAUCGUGGAUGCGGUUCUGGGAGCCGAGGACGACAAGGUUGAGCAGGGGGCAGAGCAAAGUGCGGGCCACGAUGCGCGUCAGAGCGGUAUCCAAGACAGGGCUGGCGACCCGGAAAAGGAGGUCACAGAGUUGGGCGGCAUCCAAAAUGGCGCGCGGGAAGGGGAGCAUGCAGCGACGGUCGAGGUUGAGGUCAAUGAGCUUCCCGCUGAGAGAGCGCAAAGAAACGGGACACGCGGCAGAGAACGGCAAGCGGGUUCCAAGGGGUCAACACCUUGGGAGGAAGCUGUGGAGAGCGAUGAAGCAAACGUUGAAAAGAGUCGGGAGGAGAUAGCGAGCUUCAUUGAGCUUCCAAGCCAACCGUCGAGCAACCCGGAAGCCGUUGCGGGGUCCUUGGGGGUGGUCUUGGCACCAGCACAUGGUCCAGCACCAAACAUCGCACACGAAGAUGAGCAAGCUCUGCCUCCGUUGGAGAGUGAAGUGACUCGGUCUGUUAGCGACAUCGAAGUAGAGAGUCGCAGUGGCAAACCAAAAAGUGGAGAGAUCACUCGGAAACGAAACGGGAAGAAGAGCGACGAAGUGGAGGCCAAGAUUGAGAAGGGGUCCCAAGCGCCGAAAACGAGGAAGAAGCGGGCUCCAGGAAAGAAGAAAGCGGAGUUGUGA